AGCAUUCAGGACGGUGACUUGGUGGAUCACACAGCUACUGUACGAAUAGACAAAUCUGUGAUUGUGAAGGACUCGUUCGCUAUGGAUGCUCACUAUAAUCAGUCUUCAGACAACCAUAAUCGCGAGUGGUCAUUGGUUGUUCUGACUUUGGACCCAAAGGUGAACGUACAAGAACUGAUUGAGUCAAUGAAACAGUUCACCCAAAUCCACUCUUUGGAUCUGUCCUAUGAUGAAGACAAUAAUUGCAGAUCCAUUUAUGUGACUUUUGAGCAUUCAGGACGGGAACAGGAACCUCAUCCUGGGCUCCCCACAAACCACUAUAUUGAGCGGAAGACACUGCUUGUGAGCAAUCUGCACCCAAUGGUCACCGAACAACAGCUUAUUGAAAAGUUUGGUCCAUUGGGGUCCAUCUCGACUGUGCAAGUGUGCAGAAACAACAUCGUCUCUCCUGUGUAUGCCUUUGUGACUUUCCAUCAUCGACUCGAUGCAGUGCGAGCACAAAAAGCUCUGAACUUCACUCAUUUACUGAAUAAACCUCUGAUCAUCAUGUGGGGCCCAGACAAGACAACUGAGGUCCUCUCAGAUUAUGACAGCAGCUCUCAAAGACAAACAGAGGAGAGAGAGGCAGCUGGAGAAACAGAGGAGAAAAAGACCAGUGGAGAAACAGAGAGAGAAGCAGCUGGAGAAACAGAGGAGAGAGCGAACAGCGAGUCUUCAUGGAGAAGAAGGAUCUCCAACAAUGUGAAAAGUGCUGUGAAAGCCACGGUAAGCAGUCCAGCAACCUGGGUCGGAGUCGGCAUAGGUGUCUGUGCUGCUUAUGCCUACUUCAGGAGCAGGAGCUAGUGUGGACACAUUCUAAAAGACGAGAAGGCCUGCCUCACAAUCUCCACUCAUCAUCCCCAGAGUGACCAAUCACUGCUCCAGAAAGAAGAGUGACCGAUCACCGCUCCAGACAGUGUAGUGUGACCGAUCACUCAUUCUGACUGAGAACAGUGAU